GAGAGGCUCAGUUAAGGAAUUUGAGAAGGGCAAAGGGAAAUAAUCUCGCUCGCGCACUCUCUUUCUCUCUCUCUCUCUCUCUCUCUCUCUCCCUUAAGCUCUCUGCGCAUACUGGAGAGCCGCAACGACAGUGUUCCGUCUGAGUUUAGCGGAGGGUACUUGAGCGAGUGGUGCUACAAUUAGCGGUUCUGAUCGAUCGAGUUGAAAGAAUGUGAGUGUCCGGGGGCUGCCGUAAGAUUUCCAACUAGACUGAGGAACAGUGAUGCAAGGAGAGCGUGACAUCGAAUACUCGUCACAUGCUCGUCGGCUAAUUGCAUACGCCAUCACCUUUUGAAGCAGAUACUGCAGCAGACAGACAAUCAGUCGCGGCUGCAAGAUCUCAGCUCUUGAGGCUAAUAUCAGAGCAUGCUGAUCACCGAACUGUUGGUUGCUGAUCACGUAUUGCCGUUCUGAUUCUGAUAAUUGCGUCGAUUGCUCGUCGUGUCCGAGAGGUACUUGAAAGUAAAGAUUGAUCCUAGUUGUGUGUUGAUUGUAGUUGCUGUGGAGAGGUGAGGAGGGUGGGAAUCGCGGUUUCAGUGUCACGAUGUGUGGUGGUGCGGCGGGCGAGUGAUGAGCAAUUGAGGCAACAGCUGCGGUGUUAUCGUGAGUCUAGGCAGGGGUUGCUGGUUUUGUGGUUGUAAUUGAGAGCGUUUGACUGGUAUAAGAGAUGGUGUUGCAAAGUGAGGCUCAUAAUGAGCCGAGUGCCAUGGGCAGCAAUUGUCCAUGUGUGCCGGUGCGAGUGACGGCGCGGGCGUCCUCGUCGGAAUCGCUGGAGGUUGCUAGAGCUAGUGUGAAGAAAGGCCCCGCCGCCAGUGGACAGCGGAUUUGGUACAACAUGAUGCACAAGCUUCGGGGAGGGCCAAAGAAGACUGGAGGAUUGGGCACCUACAGCGGCGUUCUCAUUCCGACAUGCGAGAAUAUGUGGGGAGUGUUGAUCUUUUUGCGGUUUUUCUACAUCGUGGGUAGUGCAGGAGUCUGGCAGACUUUCAUCAUCGUUUUCGUCUCCUUCCUCUGCGCCAUGCUUACCACCAUGUCGUUGAGCGCCAUUGCAACGAAUGGGAAAAUUGAGCAAGGAGGGACUUAUUACCUCAUCUCGAGAGCCUUGGGACCAAAGCUUGGUGGAGCUGUCGGAUUGCUGUACUAUAUUGGAGUAGUUCUGCUUGCAGUUUUGGAGGGAUUGGGAUCAGUGGAGAUGUUGAUGUUCACCUUCCCACAGCUCAACUUUGUGUCGGGAAACCGAAUCAUAGGCGCGAUUGUCCUGCUCAUACUUGGUGUACUCGUAUUUUUUGGAAUCAAGUUCGUUUCAAAGCUGGGGCUCAUCUUCUUCGCUGUUGUCCUUUACACAAUGCUUUCUUUCUAUUUAGGUUUGGGUUUGGCUCCCCGAGGAGCCCACCCACCAUCUCUUACUGGUCUUUCCUGGACUACAUUUAAAAGCAAUUGGAGCCCUGGAUACCCAGAGGGAAAGUCUUUCUCCACAGCUGUAGCUCUCUUUUUCCCUUGUUUCACUGGAAUUUUGAGUGGAGCCGAUCGGGCAACCAAUCUUCGACGACCAGAGAAGUCGAUUCCUCAAGGAACAUUGGGCGCUGUGGUGGUCAGUUUUGUCAUGUACAUGUCCUACAUGGGAUUAUGGGCAGCAGUAGCAAAGCGAGAUUAUCUUCUGGGAAAUAUAGGUGGCGGUGAUCAUGCCAUGCUUGACGUCGUCAGAGAAAUAUCUUUUCCUGUGGCAAUUUUGACGGAACUUGGUAUCGCUAUAGCUGCCAUUGCGCAAGCCAUGCAAUGCAUCAUCAUCUCUCCUCGCUUACUUCAGGCAAUUGCUGCAGAUGGAGUAGUUCCAUUCUUGGGACCAAUAGCCACCAUUUCAAAGAAUGGGGAACCUAAGAAGGCUUUGAUGGUUACCACAUUGCUUUGCAUUGUCUUUGCAAUGAUUGGAAGCUUGAAUGCGGUGGCUCCAUUGGUCUCUAUCUGUUUCCUAACUUGCUACGCCGCACUAAACCUCUCAUGUCUUGUUCUCUCCGUGGUCAACGCGCCCAGUUGGAGGCCAAAGUGGAAGUAUUAUCACUGGUCGGCCGCCCUUGUCGGGUUUGUGGCAUGUGCAGCAAUGAAUUUUGUGAUUGUAUGGUACUGGGCUUUGGUUGCCAUGGUUUUCUUGGUGUUCAUUUACGUCUACAUUGACUAUCGCCAGGUUGAAGUGAAUUGGGGUACAGGAAUAGGAGGAUUGUGUCUUCAAAUUGCAGUACGGGGGAUUUUGUCUGUUGGAGAAGAGGCACGCUACACCGUGAAUUGGCGGCCUCAGCUCCUUUGUCUUUCCAAGCCUCGAACCUCAUGGACCGACAAUAGCCACUCGGACCACGAGUUUCUCUUCUUCACGUCCCAAUUGAAGAAGGGACAAGGGUUGUGUGUGGUGACGGUCAUUCUUGAGGGCAAAGUAGAAGAAAUGACAGCUCAGGCAUCUGCGGAGAAGAUUGAGUUGGAGAAUCGAAUGGCCGAAGCAAAAGUAACUGGGUUUGGAAGAGUACUUAUUGCACAAUCGUACCGUGCGGGCAAGACUUACGCCAUUCAGUCAUCAGGAUUGGGUAGUUUAGAGCCCAACACUUUGGUUCUUGGAUGGCCCACAAAGUGGCGUGACGAGGGACAUGAUGAUAAUGCUGAGAUUUUAUUGGAGACAUUAACUGAAUGCCGAGCAGUAGACAAAGCUGUUUUGUUGUGUAUGCACUUGGACCGGUUUCCUGGGAAGGAGGAAUUUCAGGAAGGAUUCAUUGAUGUUUGGUGGAUUGUCCAUGACGGAGGGUUGCUACUGCUCCUAGCUCAUCUUCUGCGGCAGCACAAGAUCUGGCGCAAAUGCAAACUUCGUGUGCACACUGUGGCUGAGAAGCUUGAUAACUCCCAAGUGGUGAAGAAAAAUCUGGAGAGACUUUUGGAAUUGGUGAGAAUCAAGGCUGAAGUUCAGGUAUUAGAACUUGAUGAGUCGUGCUUGGCACCAUACACGUUUGACUACACCAUUCGAGUACAGGAAGCUAGAGCUUUUGCUGAGGAAGUUGCCAACUAUCGGAAGACUAUCGAACAUAGAGGAAGUGACAGUCCCGGAAACUCAAAACGGCGGACUGAGAUUCCAAAACUAGGAGAGAAACCGAAGGAAAAUCCUAAAUCCAAGGAAAAGGGAUUGCCAAGUUUUCAGCUUAGUGAACUUGAAGGAGUCAACCAUUCAAGGCGUCGGGAUCAAUUGCGGCGAAAUCCGCCGAGUCCAAGCGCUGGAAAAGCAUCUCCAAAACAUAAUUCUAAGGCCACCGAUCAUAUAGACGAUGUUAUACUGAGUUCCAACAACUCACAGCCACAGUCACAUAAUAUCAUGCCAUCUUUCCUUCCAUCCUCUCCGUCUCGGACUCCUGUCAUAUCCCCUUCACCUUCCAAGAGGAAAUCCAACCAGACGCCAGCUUGCGGAGAGCUUGAGUCAAACCCCAGCUCCUUAGGAGAAUUGGGAACAUGGAGGAAGCCUAAGAAAACGACAAAAUGGGCUGACGGAGGCGAGGCAUCUCUGGAAAUUGUAGUCGACGAUGGUCGGCAUGGGCUUGACACUGUCGAAAGCAACGAGGACGAAUCAGACCAUGAUGAUACAACACACAACACAAGGCAAUUUUACCCAGGCUCUCCUGCAGGCAACCCUGAAACGUCCGAGGACAUGGUUGAACCCAUGCGAAGGACAUGGGAAACGUUUAGCCAGAGUUACUCUCCCAAGAAGUUGAACGAUAUCAUUCUAGAGCAAUCCAAAGACGCCCAACUGGUUCUCAUCAACCUUCCAGACCAUUACAAGGGCAUUUCACCGCACCGGUACAUGGAGUACUGUGAAGAGCUGUGUGAGGGCUUGGACAGAGUGCUCCUGGUUCACGGUACCGGCAAGGAGCUCUGGGGUGGGCAAGCUCAUCUCGGGCUGUAGAAAAGUUCUUUUUAAAACGUGUGCGUUCUAAUGGGUCGUAAUGUAAAUGUCGAAUACUCGUCGGGUGCAUUAUCAGCAGUUUAAAUGGUUUGAAUGCUUCAACUGUAACUUAUGAUGAUUACUGUAACCACCACUGAAAUUUGAAAUGCAAGCUGGUAAUCUAGGAUCCGUCACCCUGGUGACGAAGCAUUUCAGAUUUUAUAUAUCGUAUCGAAUCCGGAAGUUCCUGGCGAUCGAGAACAGCAAGGAGGUUUCUGGAGCCACACGAUCAGCUCCACCCCGAUACUUCCAUACAGCAGUGAUCAUGCAAGCAGAGCCUACAAUUAGACGUCUGAGUGAGUUGAACUUAUGUUUUUGAUGAUGCCGAAAAUAUCAGAGAUUUUUUGAAGAAUUCCUUUCUCCAAGUCUGAGUUUAGUUUAAUUUGGUUACAGAAAUAUUCAGAAGGUCCAUAACCGGAUUAUUACACGACGAAACGUUGUGUCGUUGAAGUACCAGUUUCUUAACAAAGUUGUGUCCAGAUUACAGUUCUUGAACAGAACUAGAGGUUUUUCACCUUUCGUUUACUUGUUUCAUCACCCAAUACUGGUAUGCCGGAAAAUAUACCAGAUUCUGCAUCAAAAGCA